GUAUCAGGUCAAAGUGUGAACAGCAUAAUGGCAGCAGUGUUUGAUAGUGAUUGAUAAACGUUUCAGAUCCCAUCCAAGGAAAAUAACAUAUUUAUAAUCAUUGGUAGCUUGUUAGUUGUCAGUCAGUGAUAUUCUGCAACGUUCGUUUGACACAGUGAUCAUGAAACUAUUUUGUAGUGUCUUUUUGUUUGUGUUAAUAACUCAUGAACAAGAAUUUGUUCAUGGUAUGAAGGUGAGCAAAUGGGGAAUUAUCAAUGAUUUAAGUAGAUUGACAAUGUCAUUGCGAGAUCUAUUUCAAGAAUCAAUGACAAUGAUUGAGAGUGACGAUAUUCAUGUGCUACCAGAUAUCAAGCACACGUACAAGCAUACUUUGAGAAAUAAAACUGGAACAGUGAUGUUCAGGGCCUACAAUGGUUAUCUCACAGGAUUGUCAGCGGAUGUAGUGAACUGCACGGAGAAAAAUCAACUGCGACGGUUAACCAUGACUAGGGAAGCGGACAGCAAGAAGGAAAUGUUCACUUGUGGCGACUGCAUUGUCCUGGAGGGAGAACAAAUUAGGUAUCUGUUCGAGUCUUACUUUGACGACAUCGAAACGCAUGGAGACAUCUACGAUAAUUCAAUUAGAUACUGGGUCAGUUUCCAGAUGACAUUAGAUUCGAAUUCAACCAGUUCAACCAAUGACGAUUGUGGCAUGAACUUGGAAUCACUGCAAGUCCGCCUUGACAUGGACAAUCAUCCCUGGAAACUCCAACCUAAAAUUCGAACCUUGGGCAGAAUGAACUUCAUUGUCGACAAUUUCAAUUCAUGGUUUAUUGAUCAUUUCAACGUGACAGUCUCCAACAAUCUGCAGAAGGCUCUCUCACAUGCAUUGAGAUUCACAGCAAGUACGCACUUCAUGUGUGAUGAAUUUCUAUCAUUUUAAUGGAUAUUCAUUCCCAGAUUUGUUCAAUUUAUUGAUAAAUAUAUUGUAUGUAGAUUCAUUUAUUAUUAGUCAUUCAAAAAAUCUUUUCAUUCUAAGGAAUAUCCUACUAAUACAGUUUAAUAAAACUUGAACUCAGAAUUUUCUAAUUUUGAAUAUAAUAAACAUUCAUUCAUUUCUUUGGAUUUGCUUCUAAGAUGCAAAAUAAAUAUAUUAUAAAUUUGAAAAAUAUUUCACAUCUAUUUGCUGUUUCACGGCUUUGAACGUCAUUCUGAAAUCAUUAAAAUAUGCAAAUUAUUUUUCAAAUAAAUUUGGAUAUACAUGUUUUUGCAAAUCUAUUUCGAUUUACCUUUGCUAAGAACAAUAAAAGAAUAUUAUUUGAA